AUGCUCUACAGGGCAGACGCUGUGCGUUAUUGUGUUGUCUCAGACCAUGUAAGAGUAGAGUCUAUACUACGAAUAUUUUACAUGCCCAAUGCUCCACAGAUCGUUCACAUCUUGAUCAUGGGCGUCAUUGUGGUGUGCGUCCCAACUGGGCUUGCGGGGAUUGCCCUCAAAUCCUUCGCCGUCCCAGCUAGAGGCCUUAUCAUCCACAGGAAACGACAGAUACCAGUCCAUCCAUCCUCUAUCUAUCUUACUCUCACUCGCUUGCUGCAAACCAUAUCCUUGCUCGCUCGGAGAUGCUCCAAGUGCGGCGACGUCUGGCUCUGA